UGACAGGCGCCACGCAGGGUCCACGCCAGCACGCAUGGACAGGCAUCUGGUUCACGCGCAUAUUGUUAUUUAGUUGCCGCGACUCGACCACAACAACCGUCGAUGCUCCACUCACUACUGCUGACCGCCCCCUUUACGCACCUGCACCAGGGACCGCAAUCACGCACCACUCUGCUGUGCAUGUCCUCCAUGUUCCACACAUGACCGCCGCACAAUAUCUGCCGCCACUGGCCUCCGCUCCUUUACACAGCACCCCCGUAAUCUUGGACUUUAAACACUAAUCGGUCUACACCAUGGCGUCAGGCGGCGGCAAUAUCAAGGUCGUGGUGAGGUGUAGACCCUUCAACGGCCGAGGUAAGACGAAACAGCCUGCGCGAGCUGUGUCGCUGCUGACAGGCUCCAGAGAAGCAGCGCAAUGCUCAAUGCAUUGUCGAGAUGAAGGGCGACCAGACGAUCCUACGGGCCCCGUCGAAUGUUUCUGUCCAGGGAAAAGCUGCAAAAGCUGCCGCCGAAGGCACCAAGACGUUUGCGUUUGACCGCUCCUACUGGUCCUUCGACCGCGAUGCGCCCAACUAUGCAGGACAGGACAACCUGCACGAGGACCUGGGGAAGCCGUUGCUGGACAAUGCGUUCCAGGGAUACAACAACUGCAUCUUUGCGUACGGCCAGACGGGUUCGGGGAAGUCGUACUCGAUGAUGGGUUACGGGACAGAGUACGGAAUCAUCCCCAAGAUCUCCCAGGACAUGUUCGAGAGAAUUACAGAAAUGCAAAAGGACAAGAACCUGAGCUGCACGGUCGAGGUUUCCUACCUGGAGAUCUACAACGAACGCGUCCGCGAUCUCCUGAACCCCUCGAACAAGGGCAACCUCAGGGUCCGCGAGCACCCUUCGACCGGUCCAUACGUUGAAGACUUGGCGAAGCUGGUGGUCCAGUCGUUCCCGGACAUUGAGAACCUCAUGGACGAGGGAAACAAGGCCCGAACCGUUGCCGCAACCAACAUGAACGAGACGUCCUCCCGAUCGCACGCCGUCUUCACCGUAACCCUCACACAAAAGCGUCACGACGCACAGGCCGGCAUGAGCGGCGAAAGAGUCGCCAAGAUCAGUCUGGUUGAUUUGGCUGGAUCAGAAAGAGCGCAGUCUACCGGAGCCACGGGUGCACGCUUGAAGGAAGGUGCCGAGAUCAACAGGUCGCUGUCAACACUGGGUCGUGUUAUUGCAGCGCUAGCAGAUCAGUCAACAGCAGGGAAAAAGAAGGUCCAAGUGCCGUACCGAGACUCGGUUUUGACCUGGCUGUUGAAAGAUUCGCUGGGAGGAAACAGCAUGACUGCCAUGGUUGCUGCCAUCUCGCCCGCCGACAUCAACUUUGACGAGACCCUCUCCACGCUUCGAUAUGCCGACUCUGCGAAACGCAUCAAGAACCACGCCGUCGUCAACGAGGACCCGAAUGCGCGCAUGAUUCGUGAGCUCAACGAAGAGCUGGCAAAACUUCGCUCGCAACUCAGUGGAGGCGGCGGAGGCGGUGCGGGCGGUAUGGUUGCAGAGCAGUACGCACCGGGCACCCCGCUGGAGCAGCAGAUUGUCACAAUCACCGAAGCGGACGGGACCGAGAAGAAGGUUUCCAAGGCUGAGAUUGUGGAGAAACUGAAUCAGUCCGAGAAGCUGUACAAGGAUCUGAACCAGACAUGGGAAGAGAAGCUGCAAAAGACCGAAGAGAUCCACAAGGAGCGAGAGGCUGCUUUGGAAGAGCUUGGUAUCAGCAUUGAGAAGGGAUUCGUUGGUCUGUCCACACCGAAGAACAUGCCCCAUUUGGUCAACCUGAGUGACGAUGCGCUUAUGAAUGAGUGCCUCAUCUACAAUCUCAAGCCUGGAACUACUGCCGUAGGCAACUCCGACACCAUGGACCAAACUGCAACAAUCCGCUUGAACGGCUCGCAGAUACUCGCGCACCACUGCGACCUCGAGAACGUGGACGGUACAGUCACCGUAGUUCCCCAGGAAGGCGCAAGCAUCAUGGUGAACGGACUUCGAAUCGACAAGCCAACGCAGCUAAGAAGCGGUCACCGCAUCAUCCUUGGUGACUUCCACAUCUUCAGGUUCAACAAUCCAGGAGAAGUCAGAGCCGAGCGCGCCGAAAUUGGAAAGAGUUUGCUGCGACACUCCGUACACGCCAGUCAGCUCAACUCUCCCUCACCCGCACCGCGACCCGGACACGAUAGAACCCACAGCGCAAUCAGCCUCGCCAAUUCAGAAUUCGACCCGGAUAGCCCGAGAGCAUCUUCGCCCGCUUUCUGGCAGCGCGGAAAGGAGUCGGAGUUCUCAUUCGCGCGGAGAGAAGCUCUCGCUGCAUGGUUGGGACCAGACAAGCGCCUCGACAAUCUGCCGGACGAUGAGUUCGACGCCAUCAUUGAUGAUCUCCAAAGACAACGCGACAAUCGCAAAGCUGGUAACGCGAAUCGUCUCUUCGAGCAGGACGAAGACAUGGAGUCGACAUCGUCAUAUCCCAUACGCGAGAAAUACGCGUCCAACGGAACCAUCGACAACUUCUCGCUGGAUACAGUGCUGACCUCGCCAUCGACGCCGCAGUAUGAGGAUAGUGAGAAGAUGCGAGAGCUGAAAGGCGACAUGCAAGACAAAUUGGACAAGCAAAAGGAGGACUAUCGAACCAAGCUCAAGGCUGACGAAGAAGCUAAGGUGGAGCUGACCCAACUGCGCGCUGCCAAGGAAGAGAUGGAGGCGAAGCUGAGACAACAGAAAGAGACGUUCGAGCGCCAAUUGAGAAAGCUGGGGGUCGAGCCAGAGCCAGAGCCAGAGGGUGAGGCUACACCCGCGGCAGACGGUCUGACUGAGCAGCAGCUUGCGCUUGCGACAACGGCCUUCCAGCACUGGCGAAAACGGAAAUAUGUCAUAAUGGCUGAGACGAUCCUGCAGAACGCUGCAACCCUGAAAGAAGCGCAGGUCAUGAGCCAGCAGAUGGAUAAGAAUGUCGUUUUCCAGUUCUGCAUCGUUGAUGUCGGCCAGACUGUACCGUCGACAUACGAUCUCAUCAACCUUGCUGACACCGGUGAGGAAGACGACGACGAUCUGGACGACACACCAAAACCUUGUGUCGGCGUACGUGUGAUUGACUUCAAGCACGAAGUGAUACAUCUGUGGUCCCUACAGAAGCUACGUCAACGCGUGCGGCGGAUGCAUCAGAUGCAUCAGUACAUGAACCGGCCUGAGUAUAUGCAGCACUUCAACCCGGAGAGUCCAUUCUCGGACCCCUGUAUGCCCGAAUUCUCUCGCAUUGGCGACGUCGACGUCCCUCUCGCUGCUGUCUUCGAGUCGAGAGUGCGAGACAUGAAGCUCGAUGUCAUCUCACCAUACACGGCCAACCCAAUAGGCAUCAUCCAUCUGUCGGUAGAGCCGUCCUCGGCGGAAGCGCCGACAACCACACUCAACUUCAGCGUCACCUUGCACGAGCUUGUCGGAUUCCCUGAGCGGGAGGGGACUGACGUCCAUGCUCUGCUGUAUUUGCCUACUCUUUCGAAAGAAGGAGGCGCAACAAGCACCAUGUUUAUGAACAAGUUCGACGAGGGGCCUAUCCGUUUCCAGACCUUCCACAGCAUGAGCAUACCAUACCCGAGUCCAACAGAUACGUUCCUGCGCGUGGCUGUCUUUGCACGAGUAACGUCGAUGCAUCUUGACAAGCUCCUGAGUUGGGACGAUAUGCGAGAUCAGGCGCCUCAGCGAAAGCCCAAGCGCCGUGCUGCGCGGAUAGCGGAAUCGGAGUUCUACACCGAAGACACCCACGAUAUCUUCUCCCGCAUUCAGAUCCAGGAGAUCACUGACGACGGAACGUACCAGCCGGUCGAAGUAACCCAGAGCAGCGUACUGGAUGCUGGUGUGUACCAGCUGCAUCAGGGCCUGGCAAGGCGUGUUGUUGUGAACCUUACACAUACUUGCGGCGAUGUCCUACAGUGGCAGAACGUUACCUCUAUGCGCAUGGGCCGCAUUCGUCUAAUCGAUGCAUCUGGCAAUGCUCCAGGAAUCGACUCUCCUGUCCGACAAGUCCCCAUCGACUUGACCGCGCCACCAACGGUCAAGGACAACGCCGACGGCACCACAAACGUCAAGUUCAUAGGCCGCUGGGACAGCACAGCCCACGGCUCUCUCCUCCUCGAUCGCGCCACCCAGGAAAAGUACCGCGUGCAAGCCAACCUGCUCUUCAAUGUCACAUCCGCCAAGCUCGACGAGCCGAUGGUGUUCUCCCUCGACAUCAACAUGCAAAUCCGCAACCGCGCCUACAUCCGUCAGACCUCUCUCUUCUCGCUCUCCAACCUCUGGAAUCAGGUCAAGGUCGUCCAUUCCACAGUUGGCAUCUUCAACGUCGCCAUCCGCCCGACCUCCGUUAAGCGCGCCACCGACCUGUGGCGCAUGAACACGCGCGAGGACUACGUCAAGGGCGAAGAAGACCUCGCAGACUGGACACCGCGUGGCGUCUCGCUGGUCAAAGACUACAUCGGCGUCGAGCGGCGGCGCCGCCGCAUCGCCGAAAUAGAACUCGCGCGCACCGUGCUGAGCCCGAAGAUGCUCAGCAUCGCAAAGCCCGAGGCCACCAUCACGGGUGCGGAACAGGAGCUCGACGCCCGCCAGAAGCAGCUCCUCGAGAAGACGCUGACCCUCUGGACCGCCCACCGCGCGCCCGAAUCCACAAUCCUAUCCGCAUCCAACCUCGAGCCGCCCUUGGCGGGCGCCGCAUUCGCACCCACGUCCUCGCGCGGCACUUCGCCCAGCCCGCGGCCCAGCCUGACGGCCACGGUGCGCUUCGUGCACAAGAACCCGCACCUCCUCAAGGCCAGCUUCCUGCUGACCCCGGACCCGACAAACACACGCUGGAUCCGGCGCUACGUCGAGCUGCGCCGCCCGUAUCUGCACGUGUACAGCGUCGACGGCGACGCGCUCAACGCCGUCAACCUGACCAACGCCCGCGUCAACCACUCCCCCGAGCUGGCGCGGCUCAUGAACACCGGCACCGCGGGGAGGGCGCAUGCGAGGAAUGUGUCCGACGGCGUCACGCCGCAGCAGCAGGAUACGAUUUUCGCCGUCUUUGCGAGGACGAACACGUAUGUCUUCCGCGCCAAGAGCGAGAGGGAGAAGAUUGAGUGGAUUUUGAGAAUUGAUCAGGGAUACUUUUCUAGCGGGGAGGACUCGGGGUGAGCCGGCUGCGAGGCGGUGCCGGGGUUGAGGAUGCAGCGUGAGGGAACGGGCGUCGCCCUCGUUGGGAUCGGCGUUUGACUGGCGGGCGUUGGAUAUAGUUCAUGUGUUUUAUGUGUGGCGUGGAUACCCAGC